UUAUGGCGCAAAAUACUUUACUUGAAAAAUUCGGUGCCUUUAAAAAAUAAUAAAAAACCCAUAAAUUAAUGGUAUAGAACCAGUGAAUUGCAUCACAAUUUGAAGGAUGCAUCAAGACGAGAUAUUAAAAUAUAUUGAGACUAAAAACAACUAUGUGCAGAACGACUUUAAGCUACAUUUCAUCUUUGAAGUUCUGUAUUUUCCAGGAAAUCGGGAAUUAUACAAGAAAAAGAUGCAUAGCUUAGAACGGAAGAUGGGAGAAGAUGUAAGAAUGCAUACUCCAUAUAAAAUAAAGAAUUUCCUAUCAAAAGGAUUUAAGAAUUCGUUUAAAAGUACUCAUCAAUCAGGUGUAAAAAUAAUUCACAGUGCCUCAUUACUCAGUGGAUUCAGUGAAGCUGAUUUCGGACUUGUAAGCAGAGCUUAUUCCGAUGAAAGCAAAGACGAGAAAGUUGAUGACUUUAUUAUGGCAUUUGAGAAGCUUGUUAGUGAUCCAGAAGCAAUACCGUCCAAUAGUGUUAUUAUAUUAAGUCAAGAUCAACAUCAUAUGGAACGACUUAAAAGAAAAGCUGAAGUUUCCUUUACUAUUAAUGAAAAAAAGAGGAAAAUAGCAGCUAAAAGUAAAGGACAAAAGUCAAUAACAGACUUCUUUCGAUCCACAAAGUCAUCAUCGUCCAAUAAAACACAAAAAUCAGAAGAACCAACUUACAAGCUAGAAGAAAUAAUCAAAAAUAAGAGAGGUAGUGAUAGUAAUAUAAAGAUACUAUGGAUCCCAAAAAGCAAUGAUGAAUUAAAUCCAGGAACUUACAUAUCAGUGCUAUUUUGUAAGGAAGUUGUUUCACUGCUGGAGGGUGAUGAGAAUUUGGAUGCAAUAGAUGCAUGCAAAGAGGAAAUAAAUGUCUUUCCAAGUGCUGCUUGGUGGACAAUCAUGAAGUAUGUCGAGAAAUUGGAGAAAGCAUAUGAAAAAGAAUCUAAAAGUAUCGAUGAUGAGAGUGAAUCUAGUGACCGAGAAGCCGAAAACGACGAACCAAAUGACAUUAAUCAAGAGACAAAUUAAUACUAAUCAAUCUACGUGAUAAUAUUGAGUACAAGACUAUUUAAAAAAAUAACGACCAGAAAAUAUUUGAAAACAAACGGUCUCAAAAAAUUCAAAAAACUGUCAAAAUUUUUGAAGAAUAAAAUUCAAAAACUUUGAAAAAUAAUGGUCGAUUAUAAAAUGCACUGAAAUUUAAAGGAUUUAAAAUUAUUUAAGUAGGGUAAACCAUGUUGAAAUUUGUGCACUCAAAUUAAUUGCAAAUCAUCAUUAAUAAGCCAUUUAUACUGAACAUUUAUAAUUUCUAUGUAAAAAAGAUGUCCAAAUGUUUCUACCUCAUUUAAGAUGAUCUUGAAACCUUAUCCUUACCUCAAAAAGCGAAUUUGAAUAUUGUUUAAUCAUUUAAAAAUGUUUCUGGUCAUAAAACGCCAUUGGAAGUGCU